AUGAGCAGCUUUAAUAAUUCAAACUACUUUUUCUAAUCUAAUUAAGAUAUCUAAUCAUACAGCUAGAUAGAUAACUAACUAAAUAUUUAAAUCAACCCUAAACUAUUUUAUGGCUCUGAAACAAGCAUAGCAUAAAUUUCUGAUGACCUCAACACUGGAUUAACUAGUUUCUGCGCUUAAAAGAACAUAAAUCAACUACAAGAAAACUUAAGUUCCCCUGAAUCAGGAUCUCAAUUAAGAAGCAGUUUUGCCUCCAACUAAUCUCACUAUUCUUCUGAUUCAAGCAGAGAAGUAGAGAUGGCUUAGUUUGGCUUUACUAAAAUAAAUUAAAUGGAAAUUGAAUCAGAAUGUCUUACUGUUUCAGACGAAACUAAAGUUAAUUAUUCCAGCCCUUCAUUCUAAAUCGCCUCUUAAGCUCAUUUGAUUCCAGGUGAUUAUCUCAUUGAAUUUAACCAAUUAGAGAGUUUAUUAUAAAUAAAUGCUGGAAACUAAGUUGAUUUUAAUAAUUCCUAAAUUAACACAUGGAAAAAAUGCAUCUAAAUUGAAAAAGAUUAAUCUGAGAAUGGAUGUUUCUACGUUUCAUUGGGACAAAAAGAGGACAGCUACCCAACUUAAAUAUAUGAAGCCGCCUAAAUUAUUUAAUCCUUGAAAGAGAAGAAGUUAUUAAUCUCUAACUAAAUGAGAGAAGAAGAAAGUUAAAAAUUUGAAAACCGCAUUCAAAUGAUUGAAAAUAUAUUAGAAUCUGUAUCGAAAAAAUCCAACGAAGCUUAAUAAUUGCAAAACUAAAUUAAUUAAUAAGCUUUUUAUGAAAAUUAUUAAUUAUCCUUAAAAAAGGCAAAGAAUAUCAUGAGAGAAAUUGUAAAUGCUAAUGGAUCAACAAAAUCUUUUGUUUUUGCUUAAAUAAAAGCUUUCAACCCAAAGAGCCUCUCUAAAGAAAUAACUUAAAUGAUCUAUUCCCCUAAGCUAGUUAAAAUAUUGUACAAUGAAUCAGCAGCUGAUAACCUUUUCUACAAUUAAAUUUUGAGAAAAGGUAUAAUCGAAAUGUUUGAUUCAUAAGGUCAUUUACUUCUUAAUUCUUUAGAAAUAGAGAAAUCAAGUGAAGUUGAUUUGUAGUCUUCUUAGUCUUUAAAAAAUCAGAAAAUCAGUUUAACAUUAUACACAUCUGAUAACUUUUAAGUACCAAUUACUGUUACCUUAAAAAAGUACAAUCUUUCAUAAGGAGACUAAAUUUAAUGCAGCGCUGUUGACCAUGAAUUACUAGUUUUUGAUAUCAAAAUCAAAAUUAAGUACCAAAAGCAAUUAAAAACUAUGCGUAAUAACGCAUAAGAGCUCCUUAUCAAGAAGAAAAUUUGCAAAAAAAAUUCACCAACUGUAGGAAAAAAGAUGUUGAAGAAAAAGGCAAACGGCAACCAUAAAUCCAAGUCUUAGUCUGACUGUUAGUGCAGUAGUUGCUAAACAAACUAAACAGAAAACUAACAAGAAUAUUUUGGAUACUACUUAGAAACCCUUGGAUUUUUAAAUAAAUUUUAUCCAGAAAAACUCUAAAGUGAUAGCGAUAAAUUUGAUUUAAUUUAAUUGAGCAAAUGA